AUGCCAUCUUUUGAUGAGGUUUUGAAGGAGGCCGGGGAAUUUGGAAGAUUUCAAAAGAGGGUCUUUUUCCUCCUUAGCCAGACGGGCAUAACUUUUUCUUCCCUGUUCGCCAGCGUAGUUUUCCUCGGGCGAGCACCAGGCGACUUCUGGUGCAGGAUCCCUGGGGCAGCCGAACUGAGUGAACGAUGUGGCUGGACGCUGGAAGAGGAGCGAAACUUCACGGUCCUGCCCCUGCUCCUGGGGAACGAGUCGGUCACGGGGCAGUGCGAGAGGCUGGAUGUCACCUGGGGCGCCUCUGGCAGCUGCAGCAGCCCCCUCGGCCGCCACGGCAAUGGCAGCGCGGGCAGCCCGCCUCUCGCCCCCUGCCACCAACACUGGGUCUACGAACAGCCCCGCGCAUCCAUUGUCAGCGAGUACGAUCUUGUGUGUGGCAAUGCCUGGAUGCUGGAUCUCUCACAGGCCAUCCUCAAUCUGGGGUUCCUGGCUGGAGCAUUCAUCCUGGGCUAUGCUGCUGACAGAUAUGGCAGAAUCCUCAUCUACCUGCUCUCCUGCCUUGGGGUUGGGAUAUGUGGUAUCAUAGUAGCAUUUUCACCAAAUUUUACUGUAUUUUUGAUCUUCCGGUUUCUCCAAGGAAUGUUUGGCAAGGGAACCUGGAUGACAUGCUAUGUGAUUGUGACGGAGAUCGUUGGUUCCGAUCAGCGGAUGGUUGGAAUUGUGAUUCAGAUAUUCUUUACCCUGGGAAUGAUAAUUCUCCCUGGAAUUGCAUACUUGAUUCCCACCUGGCAGGGGAUCCAGCUGGCCAUUUCACUGCCCAACUUCCUCUUCCUGCUCUACUAUUGGGUGGUUCCUGAAUCUCCACGUUGGCUCCUGACACGUAAAAAGGGAGAGAAGGCAUUGAAAAUCAUGCGCAGGAUUGCAAAACACAAUGGGAAAUUUCUCUCACCCCAUUACUCAGAGAUCACUAUUAGCAACGAGGAGGUCAGCAACCCCUCCUUUCUGGACCUGGUGAGGACUCCCCAGAUGAGGAAGAACACGCUCAUCCUGAUGUACGCCUGGUUCACAAGUGCCCUUAUCUACCAGGGGCUUGUCAUGCGCCUGGGAAUUAUUGGAGGAAACCUCUACCUGGAUUUCUUCAUCUCAGGAGUUGUGGAGCUGCCCUCUGCUUUCCUCAUCUUAGUGACAAUGGAUCGCAUCGGCCGGCGCCUGCCCUUCGCCAUGGGCAACAUCGUGGCGAGUGUGGCGUGCCUCAUCACUGCCUUCCUGCCAGAAGAUAUCCCAUGGCUCAAAACAACAGUUGCCACGCUGGGAAGACUGAGCAUCACAAUAGCUUUUGAAGUUGUCUAUCUAGUGAACAGUGAAUUGUACCCUACAACACUGAGAAACUUUGGUGUUUCCCUCUGUUCAAGUCUGUGUGAUCUUGGUGGGAUCAUAGCCCCAUUCCUGCUUUUCCGAUUAGCAGCCAUUUGGUUGGAGCUACCUCUAGUUAUUUUCAGUAUUCUUGCAGCUGUCUGUGGCCUCCUAGUAUUGCUUUUACCAGAGACAAAGGGAAUCUCAUUACCAGAGACAGUGGAAGAUGUGGAGCAGCUUCCAAGUCAUUUUGGAAAAUGUGGCAAGAAACAGAAACACCAGGACACCAACUCUUAUAUUUGA